GGUGCCAGUGAUGAUGAUGGUGGUAACAAUAGCAGCCCCUGCUUGUAGAGAGCCUACUGUGUGCGCUGCCAAGCCCCUGCUGGCACUUGGGGGGGGGAAGAGAGGAGGGACGAACGCUGGCCGAGUGGCCACUUUUGCUAGAUAUUGCUGGAAACUUCAUCCAUUUCCUUCCAUCCAUUCAUCCCUCCCUCCCCUCCAUCCAUCCAUCCAUCCAUCCAUCCACUCACUCAACACAUAUUUAUUCCUGUCUGCUAUGUGCGGGAUUCGGUGGCUACCUAGACAGGUCCCAGCCCUCAAAGGGAAUGUUGAUCAUGGGAUGCCCAAACUAAGGAGCAGUUCUGUCUCCUGUGUGUGCCUGUGUGUUUGUUCUGGGGCAUGUUACAGGAGCGUGAAUUCAUGCAGUCUCCCUUCACCCGGGCAGGGCCAGAGGCGUUUCAUUCGGAGCACUGAUGUGCCCAGGAGUCUGGCAGGCCCCGGCUUGGCCUUCGGGACUCACCCUUCUCCUUUCCUUCCCACCUCUCCGGGCUCAAGCUGGGUGGCCCAGUUGGUGUCAGGAGGCUCCACUCCGGAACUGGCCCCCACCCCUGUCCAGCUGACCUCUCUGGGAUGUCUCUUCCCCAGUGCUGGGCUGGCCUGGCUCCCAGCUCCCCUCCCAGAGUUUCUUUGCCUUCCCCCUCCCCAUUUCCCCUGCUCUAUUGAAUGGCCCGGAGGAGAGCUUGUUAAGUGGCAAACAAUUAUGAAAUUAAACUGGGGGAACAAAAGUGGGCUGGCUGUUGAAUGGCGGAGCUGGCUCACGGGAGUUGAAUGGCAGUGGGAGACUUGUUAGCAGGUAUCUGCGGCGCUGGGGGGCGGGGGCGGGUCAGGCAGACAGGCACUGUCAAUAAUCUGACUGGACUUCGCAAAAAAAAAAAAAAAAAAAAUUAAACCAACUUAGUGAGAAACCUGGCACAGGGUUAACCGUGCUUUAGGGAUGUUGGAGAGGCCACCAGCUGACUGCCACAUCCAGUCGGAAGCCAGAUCUUGGUGUACAGGAGCCAAGGCUCUAAGAGACUGUUUGGGGAGGGUGCUGAUGGAUUCGGCCGGGCUGAGGCAGGGGAGAACCUCAAUGCGUUUGAGCUGGUGGUGCUAGGGAGGCAUUCUGGAGCCAGGCGCAGUCUGCAGGGGCCCUCUGUGUGGGAACCACGCAUGAUAAACUGCGCUUCACCGUGCUGGGCUCCUUGCAAAUUGGCUUUCCGAGUGGCAGCCCCACAACACUUGUAAAAUCUUUUUCUGGAGAUGGAUUUCGGUGGAAUGGUUCCAUCGAUUCUAGUGUUCACUCGCUGGAGGUACAUUAAUUGGGCGAUGGCUAGUCAAAAGGCGAUAAUCCAGUCACGGAGGCUUAAUCAUGUGUUUGGAAGUGUUUCAACGUGGGACUGCCUUCCUAUGUAUUUCUUGGCCCCAGGAAUUUCGGAAGACCUGGAUUGAAUGAGGUCCCUGUACUGGUGAUGUGGAUGGGUUCAGAGUCAUCUACAUGGCCGAGGAGGUACCUCUGAUGUAACCACCCCGCUGGACACUUAGAAUCACUCACAUCCACCCUGGCUGAUGCCCCGUGGGCUGUGCCUGUGGACAGAUAGGACAGGUUUAGAUCUAGGCGAACAAUAAGAAUUUUAGGGUGUUUUACUUGAGCCCCAACUGUCAGGAAUACACAGACUGAUGUAGGGAAUCAUCGUUCUUGAAAAGCCUGCUUUUAAAUUCCCAGCUCACCCGUGAGACUCUUCAAUCUUCAUCCAAUGAAUGUGGCUUAAGUUCAUUUGUUCUUCUUUGAACUUGCUACCUUCCCAUCUAGGCAGUAUGGGCCUUGGUAUGCUCACUUUAUACAGGACAUAUCUCUCUCUGCUUGUUUGAGGAAUGACGGUGGUCGCUGAGAUUCCCUGAAGAGCCACAUUCAAGGAGAAAAAUCAGCAUUCUGGGUGCAGGUCUGGACUUCUGGAAAAAAAGAAAACCCUCCCCAAAGUGCAAUCAUCUUCUAAUCUAUCAAAAUGACUUCAUUUUCCCAAUUUCAGGCCUGUGAACUGAUCAUGAAUACCGGGGCGAGGAAAUUAAUCAGCCAGGCAAAGACUUUUAACAAGUAAAUAUUAUGCACAGAAAAGCAUGCAAUUAGUGGAGGUUAGUUAAUGCCUUUCAAGUUGCAUCAAGCUGCAUUUAAGGGUGGAAUUUCUGCAUUAUCCCUGGAUUGUCUGUCAAAGUCUUUAAUGUGACAAUGUGACAUGUCUCUCCCAUCGCCCCUCCCUCACCGGGAACAAAAAAGGGUCUUUUCACGAAUUCCCCCUUUCCAUUCUUCUUCUCCCUGAGAUCUUUCCGUUCAGCAAUAAGUACCUUUGUCUGCCUGCCCCUCUGGAGCAAGGGUCCUGGGGCAAAGGGCUCCCCAGGUGCAGAGGCCUGGGAAUAGCUUCUCAGGCUCGCUCCGUACCCACAGAUCAAAGUCGAUAGCACCUCCCAUAAAAGGUAGGGGCCUUCCUUCUGGCUUGGGUGCCUCACCCUCUAGGACCAGAAGUGUCCAACACUUGGGGGUGGCAGGGAGAAGAGGGGGUGAAGGGACUGUUUCCCACAGCAAGAACCAUUUAGUGUAGCCUGGGGCACUCAGCCAUUCCUUGCAGCCCUUGUUCUUGCUGUGUGGAUGUCCCCAUGUACUGAGACCACCAGUGAGCGUCCCUUCCAGACUGCCACUGAAGUUGUCUGACUUGAGUUUGAAGAGGUGACUAAAAUGUCAAAAGCAAAAAAAAAAAAAAAAAAAAAAAAGGAAAGAAAAAACCCAAGGGGAAAAAAAUAAGAGACCCCCUUUUGGGGGCAGUAUUGGAGGAAAGGUAUAAAUUGCUUCUCAGUUAAUUUGGUUCACCAUGAUUCUCCCUGGUGACCUGACAGGUCUGCUGCCAACACAAAUGUUUUACUUUAUUUUGACUUUUUUCCCCCUAAUGAGACAAGACUUAGUUAUGCUUUAUUUCCACUUAAAAUAUCUGUGACCAAUGAGGGCAGCCAAAUUUCAUUAAAAAUCAUAACAAAUUGAGAUUAUAGGUAUUAAUUUUGAAAUCAAAUUGUCAUUUGAGGUGUUCUUUGGCCUUUUCAGGCCUUUUCGUGAAUUACUCUUUGGGGGAUUUUCUUGGACCUGAACUUGGCCAGCUUAAUGUUGGAACCAGGUUGUCAUCAUAAAUAGAAGCAGCUGCAGGAAAAAAUAAAUAAAUAAAAUUCUCCCUUCUGGUUGACUCUGCUCUGCAUCCAUUUCAAAGCCAGGGAUGAGUAGGCUCCUCUUUCCACCACCCCAGUCUACACCUGAAAGUUUGUUUCUAUAAAAUGUGACUUGUCUGUUGCCCACCUUCGCAUUCCCGUCUCCUCCUUCCAAGAAGGAUGCGAGGCUCAGCGUUGAUGCACAUGAAGAGACUUUUGGCAUCGCCCAUGCUAAUUUCAUCACUUCAAGGAGAAAAUGAUGCCUGCUUCCAAUUUCUGACACUCUCAUCGUUUCCCCUUCAUUUCAUUCUUUUUCAUUUUCCGGACAGUACUGCAGUCUGCAAGCCUGCAAAAUAUGUUGCAAUGGCUACCUGAGAAAUGUAAUCCCUUCCUGCAACCUGCCUUUCCCUUCUUCCUGACAAAGCGCUUUUUAGUGUUUGAGUGUUCACAGAAAAGGCAAAGGUUCUCUCCCCCAACCCUUAUUCUGCCCUGGGUUCCCUGCACAGCGCAGUGGUUGGGGGCUGGUGAGAAUGGGGUUUUGCUUUUGUAAGUUUGUCAUUCAGACACAUUAGUUAAUUGAUCAUACUUGGGAGGUUUCAUCCUUAAUUGCAAAUUGCCGCACGAUCACAAAACAUACACUUGAACUGAUCAUAAAAAUGGCAAAACCCCAAUAUCAGACUUAAGUGUAGAAUUGCCAUAGUGCUGAUUUGAUUAUGCUUCAGUGACAUCUGUUUAAUAGAUUUCCACAAGAACUGUAAAUCCACAUUUACUUGCUUUGCAAACUGUAUUUGAACGCUGAGCAACCACAGCCCUCUAGCCUCUUCCCCUCCCUAGCCGUGUAUGUGCUAAACCCCCAUUCCUGCUGAGUGUGACUUGAUGUAUAAGUGAGAAGGGGACACGAUGCUGAGUUUUGCACAUUUACCUCCUAUUUCCUUUUGUGUGUGGAUAUGUCUGUGUGCAUGUUUGAAACAGAUCUGAACAGCUUCCCAUUUCAACUCCAUAGAUACGUGACUUUCCAAGUGCUUUAUUUUGAAAACUAGGACGUAGCACUUUGCAGAAGAAAAAUCAGUCCACUUGCUAUUAUUUAUGUGAUCGCUGAUCUGCUAGAUGGAUAUAGAAAGCACCAAGAAUUAUAAUAAUUUAUGGAGUGGAGCACUGGUUUACAAACAUAUUUCUCUGCCCAAGCUUUGUGUGUUUCUUUGCGUCUCGGGGCUCGUUCUGUGCAAUGGGAAUGGAGAAUAUUCAGAAUUUGAAGAUAAGCCCAGCGAGCCGACUGCAUUCAUAGCUAAAAUUAAAGGAAUAAGUGAGCAGCUAUUUGUGGCAGACAGGACAUGAUCCAUCUGUUUCCAGGUCUGGCGGGGGGCCGGGCUGCGGUGGCGGCAGCGGUGGGAGAUGCCGGGGCGGCCAGCGGAGGUCCAUGUGGCGCUCUAGGUGGGAUGCCGGCGUCCUGAAGGCGGAGGCCCUGGCCCUCCUCCCCUGCGGCCUGGGCAUGGCAUUCUCCCAGUCCCACGUGAUGGCCGCUCGGCGGCACCAGCACAGCCGGCUCAUCAUCGAGGUGGACGAGUACAGCUCCAACCCCACCCAGGCCUUCACCUUCUACAACAUCAACCAGGGCCGCUUCCAGCCACCGCACGUGCAGAUGGUGGACCCGGUGCCUCACGAUGCCCCCAAGCCUCCAGGCUACACCCGCUUCGUCUGCGUCUCUGACACCCACUCGAGGACGGACCCCAUCCAGAUGCCGUACGGCGACGUGCUGAUCCACGCUGGGGACUUCACUGAGCUGGGGCUCCCGAGCGAGGUGAAGAAGUUCAACGAGUGGCUAGGCAGCCUGCCCUACGAGUACAAGAUCGUGAUCGCAGGCAACCACGAGCUGACUUUUGACCAGGAGUUCAUGGCCGACCUCAUCAAGCAGGACUUUUACUACUUCCCAUCUGUGUCGAAGCUGAAGCCGGAGAACUAUGAGAAUGUGCAGUCGCUGCUGACCAACUGCAUCUACCUUCAGGACUCGGAGGUCACUGUGCGGGGCUUCCGGAUCUAUGGCUCCCCAUGGCAGCCCUGGUUCUACGGCUGGGGCUUCAACCUCCCGAGAGGCCAAGCCCUGCUAGAGAAAUGGAACCUCAUUCCGGAAGGCGUAGACAUCCUGAUAACCCAUGGACCGCCACUGGGCUUCCUGGACUGGGUCCCCAAGAAGAUGCAGCGGGUGGGCUGCGUGGAGCUGCUCAACACGGUGCAGAGGCGCGUCCAGCCGCGGCUUCAUGUCUUUGGCCACAUCCACGAAGGGUAUGGUGUCAUGGCAGAUGGGACGACCACGUAUGUGAAUGCGUCCGUAUGCACUGUGAACUACCAGCCCGUCAACCCGCCCAUAGUCAUCGACCUCCCCACACCCCGGAACUCCUGACUGCUCCCCACUGCCCCUGCCCUGCCCGUCCGUGUCAGCUCCACAGGCCUGGCCCAGCCACCAUUCCUUCCAUGCUGAGUUGCCUGGACGACCCAUCUGGCUGCGGGGACUGGCCUAGCAGGCAGGUCAGGGCCUUGGAACGACUCUUUAGCCUCUGUCACCUGGAGUUGGGACCCUGCGCAUCCCCAUCAGGGGUUCUGUGCUCAUUUACUUUUUCUGCGUGUACAUCCUGCGUGUACUUCGUUAAAGGACCUACUAAGCUCA